AUGGAUUUGUAUCUGAUUGGAUAUUUGAUGUGUGUGUGGUUGUCCAGCUCGCGGGUGCUUGGAGGCUAUCCCAUCUGGUGGUCCCUGGCCCUCGGGCAGCAGUACUCCUCUCUGGGCUCCCAACCCAUCCUGUGCGGCUCCAUCCCCGGCCUGGUGCCCAAGCAGCUGCGCUUCUGCCGCAACUACAUCGAGAUCAUGCCCAGCGUGGCGGAAGGCGUGAAGCUGGGGAUCCAGGAGUGCCAGCACCAGUUCAGGGGCCGGCGAUGGAACUGCACCACCAUCAAGGACAACCUCGCCAUCUUUGGCCCAGUGCUAGACAAAGCGACCAGAGAGUCAGCGUUUGUGCACGCCAUCGCCUCGGCCGGCGUCGCCUUCGCAGUGACGCGCUCCUGCGCCGAGGGCACGUCCACCAUGUGCGGCUGCGACUCCCAUCACAAGGGCCCCCCCGGCGAGGGCUGGAAGUGGGGCGGCUGCAGCGAGGACGCGGAGUUCGGGGUCCUGGUGUCCAGAGAGUUUGCCGACGCCAGAGAGAACCGCCCUGAUGCUCGCUCGGCAAUGAACCGGCACAACAACGAGGCCGGACGCACGACCAUCCUGGACCACAUGCACCUGCGCUGCAAGUGCCACGGGCUGUCGGGCAGCUGCGAGGUGAAGACCUGCUGGUGGGCGCAGCCGGACUUCCGCAUGCUGGGCGACUACCUGAAGGACAAGUACGACAGCGCCUCGGAGAUGGUGGUGGAGAAGCACCGGGAGUCCCGCGGCUGGGUGGAGACGCUGCGGGUCAAGUACGCCUUCUUCAAGCACCCCACCGAGCGCGACCUGGUCUACUACGAGGGCUCGCCCAACUUCUGCGAGCCCAACACGGAGACGGGCUCGUUCGGGACGCGCGACCGGGUCUGCAACGUGUCGUCCCACGGCAUCGAGGGCUGCGACCUGCUGUGCUGCGGCCGCGGCCACAACACCCGGACUGAGAAACGCAAGGAGAAGUGUCACUGCAUCUUCCACUGGUGCUGCUACGUCAGCUGCCAGGAGUGCGUGCGCGUCUACGACGUGCACACGUGCAAGUGA